GAUCUCGUAUUAUUGAAAAGGUUGGACUGUAUGGAACUAAAGCAAUCGUUCUUUCAAAUUGCUGUUAAAGCUCAACAUCAUCGUGGAGAGAUCUCCGGCUACAUAAUAUCAAAUCAAAUAAGCUUCUAAAUAUCAACAUUGCCAAAGUUACUAGUAUCGCUUUUAAAAUCGACAAAUUUUGAAAUAUCACAACGUUAGAAAAGGACAUUACAGUGCGAAAGGGAACGUUAAUCGAAACGCUUGCACGUUCAUCGAUCGACAUUUAAAUGGGUUCCCUGUUAUAGAGAAAGUAACUACUACAUUCAAACAUCUUUGAAACUAUAUUAGAUCGUUUACUCCUAAAAUAGUUUGUUAAAAAUAGCUCUUUUUCACCAUGGAGAACUGCCAAGAUGUUUCUGUCUUGGAUGCUGCUAACCUAAAGAACAAAGUUGAUUAUCUGGAGUCACAGCUGGUUGAAUAUCAACAGGUUGUGGAAGAAAGAGAUUUUUUAUUAAAAGAAGUUGGUGAGUUGAAAUACAACAUUCAAGAACUGUUAGUAAAUAAAGAAAAACUCCAGGAAGAGCACGCUGAGGAACUAGCUGUCUUGUCUUCAAGCUUUUCUCAACAUUUUGAAGACAAAAAUAACGACGAUAACGAGGAAAAAGUGAAAGAAUAUGAACGAGAAAUCCAGAAACUACGAAACUGCAUAGAAGAUAAGACAUACCACAUCAAUCAGCUCCAGAAAAAGCUUAUGAAAACACAACUUGAGAUGGAAAACGACCUCGAAAAACACGAAGCAGAAUUAGAAAAUCUUAGAUCGCAGUUAGAAAAGCUUGAAAAUAGUGAUACUGAGUCACUGGUAGAGGAACGCAUGAACGAACUGAAAGAAAGUUAUGAAAAGGAGAUUCAAGUGCUCAAGGAAAAGCUGCAAGCCAAAAAAGCACUUCAUCUGGAAAGCAUCAAAGAUGAACAGUUGAACAAAAGUUUCAAGGAAAUCGAAGAACUGAAACUUAAGCUGAAAAAUCUUGAAGAUGGCAUGGAAGAGCGAAUGGAAGAGGAAGAAACGAAGUUUCGACGUGAAGUUAUGACAGUCAAAGACAAGUUAAUUCAUCAACACCAGCUCGAGAUUGAUGAGCUGUUAUCUCAAUUGGAACGCUCCAACGCUGAAGUGGAAAAAUUGAGGCGAUUAUCAAGACAAGGUGAUAGUAGUGAAUAUAUUGCCAGGAAUCAGCCAGUAGCAAAUGGUAAUAUCAGUGGGAAUAAUAUAGGUUCAUUUGCCUGGAAUGGGCUGCAAACUGAAAAUGGAGAUUCUGACAGUUUUAAGUUAAUUCCGGUUCAAAUUGAAGUCCAAGAUCCCAAGAUGUAUGAAGAACUGGACCGCAUCCAUGCUAUGUACCAACAGCAAGCAGAUUUUAUGUGUAAGAGAAUGAAAGCUCAAUUCCAAGAAGAACUCGAAGACAACAUUCGUAGAUUAGAGGAUGACUAUGAACAACAGCUCGAAAAACAAAGGGCUGAGUACGAGGAGAAGAUUGUGGGUGUUCAAAAACAAUUACGUGCUCAACAUCAAUCAGAUCUUGAUAGAGUUACUAAUGACAUGGAGGAUCAGAUUCAAGUUCUCAAGAACGGCCAUACAGAAGAGAUAGCAGAAAUGAUGCAACGGUUACGGGGCUUAUCAGAUGAGCGUAGGCGAUCGUACAUUGAGCAAGACAACACACAACAACAUGUUAUCGUUAUCAAAGAGGAGUUUAAGUCUAAAGUAGAGAGCUUGGAACAGGAAUUACGUAUGGAGAGACAGAAAGUAGCUGAUUAUGAAGAGAAAUUACAAGGCGUGGAAACACAAGUACGAGCUUUUAAAAAUGAGAAGGAACAAGAGGUGAAGUACAUCGAAGAAGAACUAAAGAAACAGUGUAAACUACUCGUUGAGAAGAAAGCCAAAGAGCUCAAGGAAAAGUACCAAAGUGAGUUAAACGAAAAAGUCAACAAGGUGGAAAAAACUUUAAGAAAACAAUACGACGAGGAUAGCGUCAGAGCACGCAGCGAACUGGAAGAAAGCCACCGAACUCUGAAAGAAAAAUAUGAAAAUGAAAUCACAGACAUCAUGACUCAGAUGGAACAGGUGCAGCAACGGAACCAAGAAGUAUUUGAAGCACAGCAAAAAGAACAGUUCGAAAAACAAUUGUCUCUAGUCAUGGAAGAGCUUGAGCCGUACAAAGACAAGUGCCAAGAACUGGAAAAUGAAAAUAAGGAUUUGUUAGACAAGUAUAACAGGGAUCUGUCAGAGCUGAAAGUAAAAAUGAACGAGGUAGAAAAACGAUACUCGGCUAAUGAGAAGAUAGAACAGGAAAGCUUGCGAAAUCUUGGAGAGGAACUGAAUUUGUACAAGACUAAAGUGAAAGAACUCGAGGAGGGAAAUCAAAUGUUGGUGAUGAACUUUGGAGCUCAGCUGGAAAAUAUGAAGAAAAAGUACGAGGAAGGAGAAGAGGGAGAGUUGAAGACCCUUCAAGAAGAAGUAACAAUUUACACAAAAAAAGUAGAAAAACUUGAGCACGAAAAUCAAUCCAUGUCAGACAGUUAUGAAAGCCAAAUCCGAACUCUUAAUGAACAAUUAGAAAGAAUAAGGACGGAUUGCGAGGAGAAAGAAAAUGCCAUUUCAAGAGGCCAAAUCGAGAAGGAAGAGCUGAACAAAAUCGUAGACGAGCUAUCGAAACAACUAGAAUCCUACAUCAACAACUGUGCUGAACUCGAAGAAACUAAGAAAGCUCUGGAUAAUCGUCACGCAGAGGAAAUAGAGAUAUUGAAUGAGAAGAUGCGUCAGCUUGAUAAAGAUCUCCAAUAUUAUCGUGGUCAUUGUAACGAACUUGAAAAUGCAAAUAAAGUAAUGGAAAGUGAAUACGGGGUUGCCAAAGAUGACAUGAUAAGGAAAAGUCAAUUAAUGGAAAGUGAACUGGUCGAAUUGCGCAAAAACGCGUCAAACAACCAAGAGAAAAGGAAAAAUUCGACUUAUGAUUUUGAAGAAAUGGAAAAACUAACGGAAAGGAUACAAGAGUUAGAACAAGAGCUCCUUCAGCGGAACCAUGACAACCAGGCGGAUCAGAAUAAGAUCAAUCCUGAAGAAGUGCAAAACCUUACGCAAAAGAUAACAGAACUAGAGAAGAGCGUCGAAGAGUUUCGUCAUAAUUGCAGUGAGCUCCAGGAAACUAAAACAUCAAUGGAGGAAAAACAUGUAGUUGAAAAACAAGAACUCAUUUCACGAAUUGAAAAGCAGACUGUUCUUACAGGAGAACGCGAAAGAGAUUUACAGAUAGCUAUUCAGGACAAGCAACAGCUACAAGGAGACCUUAAGAAGGCCGAGGAGCAGCUAGAGAACUCCAACAAUAAGUUUGAGGUGUUUAAAACCGAGAAGGAAGCUGUCAUUGCUCAACAAACCAGUGAGAUCAAUGAACUUACCAAUGAACUUGAAAAACUGAAUGAAGCUCGAGGUAAUCAGGAUCUUAACAAUCUUAGUGAAGAGAACAAGAGAUUGAAAACUGAACAUAAACAUUUAGAAGUCAACCUUGACAAUCUUAGGGCUGAAAAUGAGCAGUUGUUGGACGAAAUAAAAGAUGCUGCAGAUAAGCAUAAGAAAGAAUUGAACAAACUCAAUGAAGAGGUCCUUUCUUUGCGCGAACAGGAAACAAAACAGUCCAAAAAUCUCGACAAAGUCCAAGAAAGAUACGAACUUUUAAUUAUUGAUUUAAAAGAAGAAAUAGAGACCCAGAAGGGAAGCAUCUCUGAACUUGAGGCUACAAACAGUAAGUAUGUACAAGAAAUUGCAAAUCUCCUUGCCGAAGCAGAACGUCAAAAAGAAACUAAAGUAACCAAGACACAUAACGAUUCGAUUUCCUCCGAGGAAAGUUUCACCUUGAAGCAAGAUGAUGUAUGUUCGUCACAGGAGAACGUACAGAAAUACAAGGACGAAAUUGCUGGGUUGAAAGCAGAAAAUGAACAGUACAAAGGUCUUAUACGAGAACUCGAAGACGAAGGAGAUAACAAGUUUGGCGUUUUGCUUAGUCAGCAUGAAAAAGAACUUGAAGUUUUGAAAGAGGAGCUUGAAGAGCAGAUCGCGAGGAAAAGAGAACAGCUGGCUAAAGAAGCUACAGCCAAGAGACAGAAACUAAAAGAGGAAUACGAAGCCAAACUAAGAGUAAUAUAUGAUGAAUUAGUCACUGAACGAAGUCGUUCAAAGGACCAAUUUCAACAAAUCAACCAGCUGAGUCAGAAGGUGAAGUUAUUGGAAGGUAUUAACAUCAAGCAAAAGAAAGAUAUUGAAAGGGUAAAACAGAUGGAAGAUAAGCUAAAAGAAUUUGAGCGACAGUCGAAGAAAAAAGACAGUGACGUAGAAAGUAAAGAAGACGAUUAUAAAGUAAAUAUUCAUAUUCUCGAAGAGAAGCUGGAAAAGCUGUCGAACGAAGUCGAGCGAACUGAAAAGGAACUGAAAGAAGCGAAGGAGAAAGUAAAAAGCUUACAAGACGAGUUGGACGUCAAAAUAGAUGAGAAUGAUAAGCUGCGUUGCCAGUUAGAGAAUCUUCCCGCUAGAGAAGAAGCUGUUGUGGCAGACGUUGAAAACAAGGUGGAAAGUCAAGGAGAUGAUUAUCAGUCUAAAGAAAUUAAAACAUUAAUCGACAAGAUGAAAGAACUUGAAAUCGCCAAAGCCAAACAAGAAAAACAGAGUCAAGAAGCUGCUCUCCGCAUUGAAAAACUUCAAAAAGACUUACAAAAUAUGGAUAAAGCCAGGCAGGCAGUGGUACAGAUGUAUGACGAAAAGAUUGAAGCAAUGGGCGUUGAACUCGAUGAUGCCAUAGACAGAGGAGACGUGCUCCGUAAGCAACUCGAAGAAACUAAGAAAAUGUUGAGGCUCAAGCAGAAGGAGAUGGAGGAGAAGCAGAAGACGUUUUCUGCUCUGGAGAAUGAGCUGAAAAACGAGAAGGACAUGGUGGUACAUUUGAAGGAAAAGAUAAUCGAGCUUGAAGAACAUCUGACCAGUGAAAAAGAAAAGACAAGGAAAAUGGAAAGUGAAAAAAUAGAAAAUGAAGAAGUGUGUGAAAAGCUUACAAUGUUAAGUACAGAUUUGCAAAAUGAAAGAGAAGUAAACUCGAAUUUGAAGGAAAAGAUUGAAAAACAGAAUCAAGAAAUCGAGAGUCAAGACCACAAAUUAGAUGAAAUAAAGGGCGUUGUCACGAAAAAGGAUCACGUCAUUAACGAAUACGAAAACAAGUUCAAAGCUGUGCAAGAAGAACUGAUUCUAGAGAAGGAAAAAUCGUCCAAUCUGGUGAAGGAGCUUGAAAUCAUCAAAGAUUCCGAAAGUUCCAAUGUCUUACAGAGUAUCGAGCAAAUGAAAAAGGAACUAAAUAAACAACACGAAGAAAGUAACGAGAAACUGAAAGAAAGUUAUGAGAGUCUUUUAUCCAAGAAAGAAGAAGAAAAUCGCGUCAAAUCUGACGAACUUCAAGCAGAAAUUGUUACCUUGAAAGGUAUGGUUGAAAACUUGGAACAACUGAACCAGCUAAAAGAUGAAGAUAAAGAACUCCAGUUAAAAGAAUUGGAAGAAAGACAAGAAGCCUCCAUGAGAGAACAUCUCGAAGUGUUUGCAAAUGAAAAGAAGGACCUCGAGAGAAAGCUACUGGAAGCAACGAGUGAAGAAGGCGUACGAAGCUCCAAGGUUGAUGAACUCACGUUGCAGAUUCAAACAUUGACUGAGGAAGAAGAAGCGUUGAAAAAGACUUACGAAAAUGAAAUUCAAACUCUAAAGAAACAACUUGACUUUGAAAGUUCUUUCCAAGUGGAGCUUCAAGAAAGCUUUCAGAAUGAAUUGAAGACCAAUAUGGAAAAACAAUCACGAGAACACAAAGAUGAAAUAGAACGAGUCAAUGCUGAACUUCAACAAAAAAUCAAAGAACUGGAGGAAAAUAAGACAGAACAUGCAACAUUGCAAAAAGAGCUUGAGGUAUCUAAGAAAACGCUAGAAACUCAUAUCUUGGAGAUUAAAAACCUCGAGGACAGAAUUGUGGAAUCCAAGGCAAAGCACGAAGAAGAAGUCUUGGAUCUGAAGAGCAAACUAGAAACCCUGUCGAACAAGGAGGAUGUUGUUGAGAAUAAUACAAAUGACGAGUUGAUAACAUCACUGAGAGCAGAUAACAAGGGACUUAGUGAGGAAAUACAACGUCUUCAAAGUGAAAUACAGGAGAAAGAAAUAACACACCAAGAAGAGAUUGCGUUUAUCACUAGUGAACUCCAAAUGAGAUUCCAUCAGCGGGAAGAUGAUGUGAAUAGAUAUCACUCACAAGAAUUUGAUAGCUUAAUGACAAGAAUCGAGUCUUUGGUUCAAAAAGAGAAUGACUCUAAAGCACUGACUCAAAGCCACAUGCAAGAAAUUACUAGUGUUAGAAAUGAGAUGGAGCAAAGAGUAGAGCGUCUGGCCAGAGACAAAGAGAGAGAGGUCGAGGCUGCAAGACGAGCUCUUGAGGACCAUUACGUAGGAAAGCAAAGAGAUCUACAAGAACAACUCAACAGCAAGUGCCAAGAAGUUUUGGAGUUGAAGCAGAUGGUUAGGACUUUGAAAAACAAAGCUGAAAGUAGUCAAGAGCAGUCAACGGAAGAAUUAUCCCGACUUCGACACGAGAAUACCGAACUGUACAGAAAGCUACGAGAAACAAGUCCAAAACAUGGAAGCGUGAUAAGUGACACCAUAGAAAUGACAGACACCCUUAGGAUAGAAAACAAGAAGCUCCAAAGAGAAAUAGAAAGCCUCAAGACAACAAUGCAGCGACAAACGAAAACAGUGGGAGAAAGUUCAGAAUCUAUACGGCUAUUGCAGCUAGUAAAGGUAAUGGAGCAGCUAAUGACAGAAAAGAGUGAUCUUGAAAUGAAGCUAAGACAAGAGAUACUGGAUUUGAAGUCUAGGUUUGGUGAUCUUAGUAAAAUGGGUGGCGCAUCGUCAAAUUUUAGCAGUACUUCUCUAUCGCCUGAAAAAGUUAGUCGAGAAAAUUUGUUGGAAAUGCUGCAGGACUUGCGAGCAAGUAAGAGAAAACAGGAAGAGGAAAUUCAGGCACACAUUCGUGAAAUCGAGAAAAUGAUUGAAGAUAUUAGAAAAAAAAUCAAGUGUACUGAAUUUGCUGACCACAGAAUCCAGGAAAUGUUGGCAAAUCAACUACAGCAUCUGGAAAAGCAGCGACGAUUGCUGGUAAAUAGGCUCGUAAAGCUCCGAGAAAAGCACGACAGCGUUGAGGAAAAACUAACUCAACAGAUAGCUGGGAUGAGUACUCAAAGCAGCCCAGGCCGGGAUGAACUAGUUAAGUCUAGAUGGUAUCAAAACUUACUAGAAGAGAACUUGAAGAAAGAAAAAGAAUUACUAGUGAUGAAACGACAACAGAUCAAUGACUUGCAAACAAGGCUUUCUCUAGAAAAGGCUUUGAUGGAAAGGAAAGUUGCCGAGAGACAAAAACUAAAGCAGCAAUUAAGUGAGAAAAACAAACAAGAAAGUGAACUAUCGUUAGAGAGAAGUGAACUCGAGAAAAAGUGGAUCAAUAAUCUUAAGAUGAGAGAAAUUGAACUGAAACAAAAAACUGAUUUACGUAGUAGAACACAUUUAAUGGAUACCCAAGAUAGUAUUGCAGCUCGUAUUAGUGGUCUCAUUUCCAGAUCUUCUGGCGCUCAAGAUAACAAGCCUAAAACAAGAUUUUCCAACCUCGAUUAUCAGUCUCCUAUCACCAGCAGUACCGUAUCAGAAGCUCAACAAUCUCUUAAUAGGUACAGCCUUUCAAGAGAAGCUAGGGCAGAUCCACGGCUAUCCAUGGCAGCAAGCGUAACUACCAAGGAAACUCCACCAACUUAUAAUCAGUACCGCCUGAGCCGUUAUGAAAAUACUGGUCCUAGUUCUUUUAGUCGGUAUCCCUCAUCUAAGAGAACAGAUCGUGACGAAUUCAAGAUGCUUCCAAAUGAAGUUCCAAAACAAAUGCCUAUAAACAGCUUGGACCUCAGUUCAGAUGAUGAAUUAGAUGAGUUAGCACCCUCAAGCAAUGAAGACAGUCUUUAUUGGGAAAUGGAUAUUAAAAACGAUUAUUCCGACGUUGCGUCGAUUACCCCUGAAUCUACGAGUACUCUGGAUGGAAUGGAAAAGGAUUGGGAGAAGAACUUGGAAGAGGAAUUAAGACAAAUCUCAGCUGGAACCCUCAGGGUUCUCCCCUCAGGAAGGUUCAAAGAAUCGACUACUCGUCGUGAAAAUGCAAGCGCAGGACAGCCAAGGGCCACGAGAAACCAAAGCGAACUGAGCGCGAGAGGUUUAUCAACAAGUAUGUCACCUUAUAAUCGAUUAUCUCAACGGGAAAAUACGUCCAGGGUAUACGAGAAUUAUCUAUCAGGCGAAAGUUUCCCUAGAUCUUCAACAGCUUUACCAGGCGACGAACACGAAGAGUGGCUACAUCGAAAUGGUUCGUUCAACGUGUCUCAGAUACCUACUGUUUUACCGACCCUCCUCAAUGACAUUAGAAUACAAGGUACAAGCAGACGAGAGACAGAGACGAGAGACUCGGUGAAGUAUCACGCCACCCCGACACAGGAAGACCGAAACCCGUUUAGUUUUACGUCAACUCCGAUGAACAAGGAUCGGGAUGAUAGUCCUAAUUCUUCUAAGUCAGAACCAACUAGAAGAACAAGUGACCGAAGCAAAACUUCGCAAACAGCAGAUCGAUCGUCGAGUGUAUUUUUGCUCAAUUACGAUGAUUAUAUUGACAGACACCAAGUGCGCUCCUCUGAUAAAGUUGCAAGUUUAAGAGAUUUGUCACCAUCUGAGAAAUACUCCCUCUGCUAACCAUGCCAGAGUUAACUCCCCUCUGCUAGACUGCGCCAUGCAGAGGUUCUUUCGUGAAGGGAUUGAAUCUCGCACACGCCACUGGUAGAUCGAGAUCUAGCGGCCAACAACUUAAAUAACGCUUCCUUGUACGUGGACACCCAGACACACUUAGUGUCCAUUGAAUCCAAACAUGCAAAAGUAAGAAAAUGUGCCAACGAUUCAUGCUGCUAAUACGGACACCAACUGCUUCAGAACCGACGACUGCCUGGCACCCUGUAACUAUAUAUUUAUAUCGUUGCUCUAAACAGCAAUUUAUCUUGAGUCACGUAGGUUUUCAAGCUUAUCACAUAAUCUUUGAGAAUAAAUAGCUGAGCUGAGCCGACUUUACAAACAACUAAAUAUUACAGGCAAAUGCCCCAGUAAGCAGCACUUGAAUCAGUUGGGACUAAUAAGUCAUUCCUUGAAUUUAGUUUUUAGAUUUAGUAAAAUAUAUUUAUUUAGUCCCAUUAUAAAGUCUACAUCUAUUUGUGAUGUUGUUGUUAAUGAUGUGUACAAAAUGUACAAAAGAGCUUGUAUAAGAAAGAAACAGAAAACGCGCGCGCGUGCAGUGUGUGCAGUUAGUUAUAAAGCACGCGCGGAUUGGCAGAAUACGAGAGAAGUGUUAGGAGAAGCACGACGCGUAGCGGAUAAAGCAUAAAGGACAUAAAGCACGCGCUCCCAACCAAUAAGAACGCGAGAUUUAGAACAGUUAUUUCAUAAUGUUUUUAAUUCGAACAUCGGGUUCAUUAGAUCAGUAUUAGUUCUUUUAGAGUUUUUAAGGUGUUAAAUAUUUUUAAUGGAAGGUAUUUAAAAGUUACAAUUAAAUGGAUUAAAGGCUGUAUAAAUCUCAUUGCCGGGCUCAUCCAUUAUCGUUUAUUAUAUUUGAUUCUCGCGACAUAUAGUCACUACCAAAAAAAGGUGUUCAGAAAACAUUCUUUUUAUCAUGUCUGUUAUUAAAACCAGUGGCUUUGCUAUACAAGCGCUGAUAUUUCAUAUAAAGAAUUGUCAUUAGUUGAUUUUUGCUAUAUCUUUCAAAAAGGUACCCAAAUUGCCUUCACAAGCAGUUUUGGUUGUUUCAAAUAAUAUACUUAUAAAGCUUUUAUAAAAACUAUUUUUCUCAUUGAAAUGCUUAUGUAAAUAAUAUGAUAACAUAUUCGAGAUAGAAUGUAUACCAUUCAUGUUUGUCAAAAAACGUGUGAAAAUAACAAGAAAUAAAAUGUCUUUAACAAAC